AUUUUGUGAGAUGUUUACAUCAAUUGUAUUGCACGAGUAGUAAUGGCAGCAGGAGCUUCUAGUUUCUUCGCAUCCUCAGAUUGUGCACAAUGGAAAAGAUAUCUUGUCAACUACAAAAAUGUGCUGGAAAUGUUUUGUAUAAAAAAGAAAAAGAAAAAUCUUUUACAACUUGAUAAUUGGUAUCAAACAGAGUUAAGUAGCGAAUUAAAGAAACGCAGAGAUGAUUCAUGUCUACACAAGUUAGAACUUAUCAAAUUAAUGGAAUGGAAGUUGACUCGUGGCAAAUUUCGUCCACGUCUAACUGAAAUGGUCAAAACAAAUCCGGAUCAAAUGGUAGAGGAUGUUUCUUCAUCAAGCUUUCAGAAAAUCGACCGACCUGAAGAGGCCAUAAAAGAAAUGUGCAAGUUGAAAGCAGUUGGACCGGCAACAGCGUCCGCAAUAUUAACAGCUUAUUGUCCUGAGAUAUAUGCUUUCAUGGCGGACGAAGCCGUCAGCUCCGUCAUAUCGGGGAAAAUCGAUUAUACAAUGAAAUAUUAUUUGACAUUUUUGGACAAGAUAACUAAAAAAGCUAAAGAACUUUCAAAAAAAGAUACGAACACCUGGACGCCACACGAUGUUGAGUUGGCGUUGUGGACACAUAAAAUUUCAUGCCAACUUGAUAUAGAACUGACAGAGGAAAAAGAAAAAGGGAAAGCAACUAAACGAAAAUCUAACGACACGGACGUCAAGGCGAAGAAAAAAAGUAAAACGGACAAAUAGCCAAGCAAUCUAAAGCAACGGAAGACGAAAGAAACUACAGGUCUCUAUUGUCAAUAAUCGCAUGUACAUAACGGUGAUCGAGUGUGAAUAGAAUUUUGAUCAAAUAUACAACUUUAUGUUAAGUAAUAAUAUCUAUGCAUGGUUUAAAUUACUAUAAAUUAUAAAAUAUUUUAACGUAAAAAAAAUUAUUCUACAUUUUAUAAAAAAUUUCAUCAACUGGUUAAAAAUAGUGAUAAAUACAAUGUGUGGAAACUUAUGAACUUUCUGCGUCGACCUUACCAAUAUCGUUGCCUUCAUCAGACACAAUAGGAUGUUGCAGUUGCGCCAAGUUCAUAUGUACAGUCCCAUAGUAGCUGAUCUUUCGUGUCUUGGGCUGUCUACUGGAAGAAGCCAUCUCUUCUUGGUAUGGACUGAAUAAAGGAGACUCUUCGUCACUUUCAGUUUCAACUUCUUCAUAACAAUGUCGAGUGAAGCAAAGCUAGAAAGUUUAUAACCUGUAAAUCAGUUACCGCCGCUAGAGGGUGUCGUCAGAAACUGUGACGCAGAAAGUGAAUGGUUUCAGGACUAUUUUUUAUAAACACUAAUUUUUAGUCUGUUCCACAGAAGAUAAAAAGUGUUGAUCAUUUGGUACAUAUACUACUUUU